GUCAAACUGUCAUGGCAGCCUCCAUGAAAAAUAAUACUUUUGACAGUUUACAAAUACUGCUAAGAUUAUUGAAUGAUGUUGAAAAGAAAAAGAUACUUGCUAAGACAACUUGUAAAGGUUACCAUGAUCUGUUUAAACCAUGGACUUUAAAAAAUGAAGAAAAAGAUGAGGAAACUAAAUCUAAAGAGAAAACAGAAAAUCCCCUGACUGAUGAAAAUCAACUGUCAUCUGUUGAAAAAGCUGAGUUGGAACUGGUUACUAAACUUCUGUCAAAAGCUGAGAAAGCUUACAAAGUGAAAGAAAGGCUUGCAGAACCAAAAAGAUCUAAAAAUGAUAUCCAUGAAACUACAAAGAACUUAAAACACAACCAUGAAGAGGAUCUAGACCAUCAGACCGAAACAUUUAAACCGGAAAAGGAAGAAUACAUUGAUGUAGAAAGUGUAAAAAAUGAUACUGUGAGGGCUUCUUCAGGGCUCAAGCCGAAGACCAAUAAUUAUAAAACAGCUGGGUCUAAAUCAAGUGCUACUGUGGUUACAAGGACAGCUUCUAUAGAAAAUGAAAAAACUAAGAAUGUAGUAAAUAAUAAGGUUAAACCAAGAACAGAAAUCAGAAAACCUCAAAAAACAUUCCAGUCUCAUAUAAAGGCACCAUUUCAAACAAAUUCAUCCAUACCAUUUCCUAAAAAAUCAACCUCUAUUACAAAAACUGCUCCACAGGCGCGUCCAACUUCAGCUAGCAGAUAUAAACAAGUAAACAAAAGUUCCUCCAAUCAAAUUGUACCAAAGAGUUCUGCCAGUCAUCCUUCAACUAGAAAUAAAGAUGUGUCACAGAAAAGAGGUCAAGUUGAAGUUCAGAUUGAAAAGGUACAGUCUGCUCGAUCAUGUCAAAUCUCAAAGUCAGCAGAAAAGCAGGACACAGACAACCAUUUUGAAUUACAUGAUGGGAAGAAUACUGAAAAGGGAGAUAAUCUUACAGACAUCAACGAAACAGAACGAGAUAAUCGACAAGAUUCAGCAGUUUUGUUAGCUAAUCGUUUGUCUCAGCUUAAAGUACCAGAAAAUAAACCACCUGAAAAACAGAAAUUUGAUCUACGGAAAGAUGGGUGCCAUCUUACAAUUCCAGCUAAACUGAAAAAGUAUGCUGCUCAGAAUAGAAAAUUGAGACAAAAGUAUGACGUGUAUAAAAUGACAAAGAAAGUUGAUAGGCAACAUUCAUCCAUGAAAAUCUUAGCUGGUAUUGAAUCUACUUUUACAGAUAUAGAAGAAUGGGUAUUGAUGAAGAAUAUCACAUACAUGACAAAUAUGUACACCAACUUAAAAAAAUACCUCAAUUCGCUGGAUCUGCAUAAUAUUUCAGAGUCCUCGUCUGUGUAUGAGAUAUUAAGAUCCAGAAAAGCUCUAGAGGUGAUCCUGUCAACAUUCCAACAAGUGGAAGAACAAAGAGGCCAAUUAGAUACAGGCUGUUUGGAUAAUGCAGAUUAUAUAGGUACCUGUCGUGUAGAUGUUACAACACCUACUGUUAACAGACAAAGUAUAUGGUUAUCUGAUUCUUUUAUCAAAGAUAUUUGGUUGCCAAGCCCACCAUUCAUCAUGCAAUAUAGAUCUGUCCGACAACUAGAAAGAUACACCUCACUUCUGUUCCAGUUACAAUACAGUCAGUUCCAGUCAUAUAUACAGGAGGUUUUUGCCAAAGAUAUCCUACCAUUUCUAAAGUCACUUCAUCCUAAGUCUAGUGAAUUCAUACUCCUGUUGAGAGCCUCAUUUUCCCUGCUGACUAGUGAUGAGACAUUUCCUGUUAUUGUACAGGACACAAUACAGGAACUAGAAGAAAGUAUCGGAGGAGAUGAUAGCUGAUAUAUUCCUUAGUAUAGACAUCUUAUAAGCUCUUAACAUGCCAUGUAUAAAUAGUUAAAAGAAGGUGACACUUUCUCUCAGGAAAGAACUUUUAUAAGCUCUUAACAUACCAUGCAAAAUCAAACGACGAUCUUUAAACAGUUAGAAGAAGGUGUUGAAGGAGAUAUUAGCUGAUACUUUCCCUUAGUAUAGAAUUCUUAUAAUCUCUUUAACAUGUCAUGUGAAAUCAACAGACCUUGUUUAAAUAGAUAGAAGAAGGUGCAGAAGCAGAAAUUAGUUGACACUUUACCAUAGUAAAGAAUUCUUUUAAACUCUUAACAUGUCAUCCAAAAUCAACAGACAUUCUUUAAACAGUCAAAAGGAGAUGUAGCAGAAGAAAUUUGAUGACACUUCCCUUAGUAAAGAACUUAUAUAAGCCCUUUAACAUGCCAUGCAAAAUCAAAAGACGAUCGUUAAACAGUUAGAAGAAGGUGUUGAAAGAGAUAUGAGCUGACACUUUUUCUCAGUAAAGAAUUCUUAUAAUCUCUUUAACAUGUCAUGUGAAAUCAACAGACCUUGUUUAAAUAGAUAGAAGACUUAUAAUCUCUUUAACAUGUCAUGUGAAAUCAACAGACCUUGUUUAAAUAGAUAGAAGAAGGUGUUGAAGCAGAUGUUGGUUGACACUUCACCUUAGUAAAGAAUUCUUUUAAGCUCUUAAUAUGUCAUGUGAAAUCAAAAGACGAUCUUUAAACAGGUAGAAGAAAGUGUUGAAGGAGAUAUUAGUUGACACUUUACCUUAGUUAAGAAUUCUUUUAAGCUCUUAACAUGUCAUGUGAAAUCAAAAGACGAUCUUUAAACAGGUAGAAGAAAGUGUUCAAGGAGAUAUAGUUGACACUUUACCUUAGUAAAGAAUUCUUUUAAGCCCUUUAAAUGCCAUGCAAAAUCAAAAGACCUUAUAUAAACAGAUUAAAGAAGGUGUUGAAGGAGAUAUUAGUUGACACUUUACCUAAGUAAAGAAUUCUUUUAAGCUCUUAACAUGCCAUGCAAAAUCAAAAGACGAUCUUCAAACAGUUAGAAGAAUUUGUAGAAGGAGAAAUUAGCUGACACUUUUUCUUAGUAAAGAAUUCUUGUUAUCUCUUUAACAUGUCUAUAAAUAAAUAAAAGAAGGUGUUGAAGGAGAAGUUAGCUGCCACUUUUCCUUAGCAAUGAAUUCUUAUAAUCUCCUUAACAUGUCAUGUGAAAUCAAGAGACCUUCUAUAAAUAGAUAAAAGAAGGUGUUGAAGUAAAAAUUAGCUGACACUCUCCGUAGUCCUUAGUUUAGAAUUCUUUAAAGCUAUUUAACAUGCAUGACAUGCCAAACAAGAUCCUUAGACAUUAUUUCAAUAGUUAGGAAAAAACGUUUAUGAUGAUGUAAGCUGUCAUUUUUGGUUUGUAAAGAAAUUAAAAAGCCUCUGUUACGCUGCCAAAGAAAUCAACUGAUCUUCUAAUUACUGGCAAUUUAGAUACUUUUCCAAGUAAAAACUCUGAACAUUAAAACCCUAUACAGAUACACUUGUGAUAUUUUAUCUUAGAUAUACAUAUGUUAACUGUUACUAUCUCAAUGUUAUUUAUCUGUGAUAUAUAAAAUAAAGAUAAUGAAUUUA